UUUGAUCUCUCUUGUCUCUCUCUUUCUGAGUUUCAGUUUUUAAGCUGCAUCAUUUCAAUUAGUCCCUCUAGCUACUCUUGAAUAUUUCAUUCCUGUCAAGAAAUGAAGGUUUCCUUCUUUGUGGAUUAUUGUUUCUAGUUCAUAUUUCUCUUGAUAAUAAUGGGUUUUAUAGUAUCUCUACUAUGCUUUUGACAAAGUCAGAUCUGUUCUUAUUACAAAUGAGAUAAACAGUAGGAGUAUCAGUUAAGCAUAGGCCUCUGUCUUUCACACUUUUCAAAUGGCUCGAUCUGCACUGGAUGAAAUGUCAGAUACUGGGGCUUUUAUGAGAACUGCUGCGACAUUUCGUAACUUCAUCUCUAGAGACCCAAAUUCUCAGUUUCCACCUGAGUCAGGAAGGUAUCAUUUGUAUGUAUCUUAUGCUUGCCCCUGGGCUUCCAGGUGCCUUGCAUACUUGAAGAUCAAAGGACUUGACAAAGCCAUCGGAUUCACGUCAGUCAAACCCAUAUGGGAAAGGACAAAGGAAACUGACGAGCAUAUGGGAUGGGUUUUUCCCACCUCUAAUACAGAGGAGCCCGGUGCUGAACCUGACCCAUUUAAUGGAGCAAAGAGUAUAAGGGAACUAUACGAGCUUGCAAGUACAAACUAUAUUGGGAAGUACACAGUUCCUGUCCUAUGGGACAAGAAAUUCAAAACUAUUGUUAGUAAUGAGAGUGCAGAGAUAAUCCGCAUGCUUAAUACCGAAUUCAAUGAUAUAGCGGAGAAUCCUUCUUUGGACCUAUAUCCUCCUCAUUUGAGAGCUCAAAUUGAUGAGACAAAUGAAUGGAUAUACAGUGGAAUUAAUAAUGGUGUUUACAAAUGUGGUUUUGCUAGAAAGCAAGAGCCUUAUGAUGAGGCUGUAAAACAAUUAUAUGAAGCUUUGGACAAAUGUGAGGAGAUUCUUUCCAAGCAGAGAUACAUUUGUGGAAACAUUCUGACUGAGGCAGAUAUCCGAUUGUUUGUGACCCUCAUAAGAUUUGAUGAGGUCUAUGCAGUUCAUUUUAAGUGCAACAAGAAGCUUCUACGAGAGUACCCAAACUUGUUCAACUAUACCAAAGACAUUUACCAAUUUCCAGGCAUGAACAGUACAGUGAAUGUGCAACACAUCAAGCGGCAUUACUAUGGAAGUCAUCCUUCUAUAAAUCCAUUUGGGAUAAUUCCUCAUGGCCCUAAUAUUGACUAUUCAUCUCCACAUGACAGAGCAAUGUUUUCUGCAUAGGCAGUAUGUAUCCCAGACUGUAAGCCGUUGCUUAUUUUGGAUGAUGAUGAUGCACUGAUGCUUGCUUUGCUAUAGACAACUUCUCUCCUCACCAUUUGUGAAGAUGAAUUAAAUCUCAAAAAAGGAUGUAUCUGCUCUCUUAGAUAAAGGUUUUUACUUCAUAACAGUUGCAAUGCUGUGUACAAUAGAUGAACUAAUAUUUGCUGUAUCAUCAGCAUAAUGUAUUUCUUCUCAGGCUUCAUCAUCAUUUGUGGCUAAAAAUAAUUUCCCUGGGCUGAGUUGCUGGGAGAUUUGAUUAACUAGCAAGAUGUAGCUGUGUUUGAGUGGUGAAUCAAACAUGGCUGCUAAUUGAUGAGCAGAAGCAAAGAGCUUAAACCAUCAGUCAUUUCCAUGAAAUCUUCUUGCAUUUCAAGAACAAAAAAAGCAAGUAUAAAGAAAACCCAAAGAGAAUGAAUGUCCAUUAGAAGGCACUAUUCUAGACCCUGGAAUAACCUAUAACAAAAAAAUUUCAACAGUCAUUAAAGUUUGAAAUAACUAAAGAAAGAACCAUCUUCACCAAGUAUAAGACAGUCAAAGAAUCUCUAGUUUGCCUUUUUUUUUGAAUUUUUUUAUGUAGGGGGUGGCUUCAACAGCUUUCUUUUGAAGCAUUACACCUCUCUUACAUAAUGCCAAAGAUUGUAAAAUGAAGAUUGGAAAAAAAGAAGGGAAAAAGUGUGCAUUGAUUUGUAAUUUAUUGAAAUUCAGUACAUCCAACAAUAAGUGAGUGCUCUC